AUGAACUCACUUUGCACUUUGCAAAAUAUGAUGCACGAUAAAAAGGUAAGCAAAAAACUUAGAAUGAAUUUGGAAUUAUUUAAAAAUCUGAUGAAGAAAAAUAAAUUGAAUUUGCAAUAUAAAUGAAAAUAUUACAGAGUGGAACUGAUUAUUCAACUGAAUCAUGUGAUUAAGGUAUUAGUAAAAUUUAAUUACCAGAAUAAUAAAUUACUGCAGUUGAAUACUUGAAUAAACUUUACUUAAAAGUGUUAGAGUCUAAUAAACUGUUUAAUAAGCAUUUGUUGAUUUAUCAAGAAAAGUCUAAACUAUUCAAAUACAAAAAUAAUUCAAACCUUUUCAGAAGUGUAAAUCAUUAUUUUGAAACUAAGGAAAUUUUAGAGUUUCUUAAAUUUGCUCUAGAAGAUCCCGCAUAAAAAAAUAAAGAUAAUAGAUAGUUUUAAUAAAUGAUGAACCACAACAUUAUAAUAAAUAAUUUGAAAAUCAACCAGAAGUAAUCGUUCCUUUAGAAUAAUUUCUAUCAUUUAAUGAUAUUAAUAUUACAAAGGUUAUUGUAAAACCAUCUGUUUUUACUUAAGCAGAAAUUGAUGAAGAAAUUAGACUAAGAAAGUUAAAUGAAGAGUCUGUAAAAUAUAGAAUGUCUAAAAGAAAAGAUAUUGAUAUUUAUAGAAGAAACUUGUUCCCUGUUUAUUAAAAACUAAUCCAAAAAUUAGAAUUAUAUUAAAAAUAUAUUCUAACAGUUGCUAGAGUAUAUCAAUAGGCUGCUCCUUUAAGUUAAAUAAAAAAUGAAGGCAUGCAUCAAACCAUAAUUAGAACACUUGAUAAGAAAAACAAUUUUGAUGAACUUAUAGAUAAAAUAAUUUAUGGUUACUAAUGACAGAUUAAAAAAAGAUCUUUUAAUUUAUCCUAUCAUAGUCAAAUACAAUGAAAAAUAUGAAUAUAAAAUUAAUAUAAAAAAUGAAGACAUUUUUGCCUGA